CGAACGUCCAGGGCGACUAGCCACUGUUGUUUUCCACGGCUUAUUUUUAUUAAACUCAAAAAAAGAAAAUAAUAUCCUCUCAUUAUUUUCUCGCUUAAGAUAGUAAAGUAUUCCUCCACAGAGGCAUGAACAGCCUUUCCCUCCAUUUACUCAUACCGACGGCUAUUCACCUCAGGUCCUCACGCGCCGCCUCACCGUCCUUUCCUCGCGUCUCCUCUCCAACCGUUCUUCGAGUCGCUACUCCGUCUGCUUCACGCACCACCUCCUCAGAAGACUCACAGUCAAUCGAAAACCAAACUCUACAGGUCCUAGAAUGGCGCGCUCUCUGCGAUCAGCUCUCUCCCUUCGCCUCCACAUCAAUGGGCAACUCGGCCACCAAAAACGCCGAUAUUCCGGUGGGAAAAUCGCCGGAAGAGAGCAGAACCCUCCUUGACGAGACGGUGGCUGCUUUGGCCGCCAUGGAGGUGAUGGAAUCGCGGCGAUUUGGUCUUUCUGAGAUCCUUGACUUGUCUGAUAUCGUGGAGCGUGCUAUAGCUGGUCAAUUGCUUACCGUUAGAGAGCUCUGCGCCGUUCGAAGCACGUUAAUGGCGGCUUCUUCAGUGUUUAAGAAACUAAAAAGAGCAGCUAAUAGUGAUAAGCGGGUUGCUCCACUUGUAGAUAUACUUCAAGGGUGUGAUUUCAAGACUACAUUGGAGCAGAAGAUUUGUUUUUGUAUAGACUGCAAAAUGUCUAUGAUUCUUGACAGAGCUAGCGAAGAUCUCGAGAUCAUAAGAUCAGAACGGAUGAGAAACAUGGAGAACCUGCAUUCUCUAUUGAAAGAAGUGUCAAAUAAGAUUUUUCAGGCUGGGGGAAUCGAUAAGCCGUUGGUAACGAAGCGAAGAUCAAGGAUGUGCGUAGCCAUUAGAGCUACACACAAAAGUUUGCUCCCAGGUGGUGUUGUUCUAAGUGUUAGUAGCUCAAGGGCAACAUGCUUUAUGGAACCAAAAGAGGCAGUAGAGCUUAAUAACAUGGAAGUGAGGCACGCAAACUCCGAGAGAGCCGAGGAAACGGCGAUUCUGAGCAUCUUAACAUCUGAAGUGUCGAUGGCACAGAGAGGGAUAUUGCAUUUGUUGGAUAGGAUACUAGAACUUGACAUUGCUUUUGCAAGAGCAUCACAUGCGAAAUGGAUGAAUGGCGUCUAUCCCAGAUUAACUUCAGAACACCCUAACACACUUCUUGACAAUAAAUCUUUAGCUGUAGAUAUUGAUUCUGCGCAGCACCCGCUACUUCUUGGAUCCGUUCUAGGUAGCCCAAAUGGUGGAAACACUUUACCUGUUCCAAUAGAUAUUAAAAUUGAGAGCAGAAGCAAAGUAGUCGUCAUCUCGGGUCCGAACACAGGAGGAAAGACCGCUUUGUUAAAGACAUUGGGAUUAAUCUCUCUUAUGUCGAAAUCGGGGAUGUUCUUGCCUGCUAAGAAUUGCCCGAGGUUGCCUUGGUUUGAUCUUAUUCUGGCUGACAUCGGUGAUCCCCAGUCUUUGGAGCAAAGUCUCUCAACUUUCAGUGGCCACAUCUCAAGGAUAUGUCAGAUACUUGACAUUGCUUCAGAGAAUUCACUUGUCCUACUUGACGAAAUCUGUAGUGGAACAGAUCCUUCAGAAGGUGUUGCACUCGCUACUAGCAUUCUAAAGUAUAUCAAAACUCGUGUUAAGGUGGCUGUUGUAUCCACACAUUACGGUGACUUAAGUCGUUUGAAAGACAUCGAGACUCAAUUCCAAAACGCUGCGAUGGAGUUCUCCAUGGAAACUUUGCAGCCUACAUUCCGAGUACUGUGGGGAAGCACCGGUGAGUCAAAUGCAUUGAGAGUAGCUAAGUCGAUCGGUUUCAAUGGAAGAAUACUUGAGCGUGCGCAUAAAUGGACGGAGAAGUUAAAGCCGGAGAUGGACGUAGAGCGGAAAGGCUCUCUCUUUCAGUCUCUUGUGGAAGAAAGGAAUAAGCUAAAUCUUCAGGCGACCAAGACUGCAGCUUUUUAUACGGACUUAAUGAGCCUUUAUCGUGAGCUUGAGCGUGAGUCUCGUGAUCUUGAGAAACGUGAGAAGGCUCUUCUGAAGAAAGAAACUCAUAAGGUACAAGAAGAUCUAAGCUCUGCUAAGUCAAAGAUGCAGAAACUAGUGGCUGAAUUCGAAAGUCAGCUAGAAAUCUCUCAGGUUGAUCAACACAACUCCUUAAUUCUGAAAACCGGAGAGGCAGUUGCAGAGAUUAUUGAAUCUUGCUGUCCUAGCGAUCUUGUAUUAACGGAAGAAGAGUAUAGCGACUACUCGCCGCGAGCAGGUGAAAAGGUUCUUGUGACUGGACUUGGAAGUAAAUUAGGUACAGUGGUUGAAGAACCUGGAGAUGAUGAGACAGUUUUAGUCCAGCAUGGUAAGAUAAGAGUACGCAUAAAGAGAAAGGACAUAAAGCCCCUUCCUCGUAACAGAAUCAGUGAAACACCUAAUCGUUCAAAGAGACAGGUACACAUCUUUUUUCUGAUUUUAAGACUUUCAGGUCUUAUUUUUGAGGUAUCUCAUUUGUUAUCUCACAAUAUAUAUGCCUAGCUUGAAGGAAAUUGAAAAUAAUACAUUAUGCCCCACUUAGUAAUAGAAACCAUCCCAAAUAGUUAAUCCAAUAUGCCCCACUUAGUAAUAAAGUUGAAAGUUUAUACUUCGUAAUCUGAAACGAGCUCAAAUCUCCCUAGUUGGACUACAAUAUGAAGAUUUGUGAUCGAUAGUAUUAUUGUCUGGGCAUUCUGACAAGUGACAAAUCCUGGUCCAACAACACCGUUCGGGUUCCGUUCGGUUUUUGGAUUUUGGUAGUUCGGUUAAGGAGCCGUUCGGGAAUUUAUUGAAAAUCGCUUCGGUUUUUAUUCAGUUAUCAUUCAUUUUGGUUCGGUACGAAUAUUUAUGCUGAGAACGGGCAGAUACGCAACGGGUCUGGUUCAGUUUGGUUAUUUUGUAUCCUUUUUUUUUUUUGAACAACUGGUUAUUUUGUAUCCAAACUACUAGAAUCUAUCGUAAGUGUCCGAAUUACCCUAAAUUGAUUCGACAUAUAAAAAAAAAACAGAUUUAAUUUUAAUGAAAUAUCUGUUUAAGUUUGACAACUGUAACUAAUGACAUACAUGUAUGUCGGUUAUUUUGGGUAUUUUGGUUGUUUCAUUUUAAAAAAUAAUUAAUAUUUUGGGUUAUAACAGUAGGUUUGGAUAUCUUGG